AUGUUUGAAGCUCAUAUUAAUGUUGAGAAGUCUAACCAGUCAUCUGCAAUCAAGUACUUAUUCAAGUAUCCGGUUGUUGAAAGGUUAAGCUUCCAUUUACCUAACCAACAAUGUGUUGUUUAUUCUAAUGCUGAUGAUAUUGAGGACCUACUUAAUAAGCGCCGUGUCUGGGUACAUAUAUCUAUAAGUGAGAAGGAAGAAGCUGCCUUGAAAGAAAUUGAAUCAUUGUUGCAAGAGAAUGGGAAGACCUUGAAUGACUUUCCUCUGCUUCCAAAACCAGCAUCAUUUAGUCCACUUGAUCUCAGCAAUCAUCUCAUUUUGCAAGAGCUUGGUUAUGACCGAACAUCCAUGAAAGAAGAAUUGAACACUUUGAUCAACUCAUUAAAUUCAGAGCAGAAACAUAUUUUUGACUCUAUCAUAUCCUCUUUGAAUUCAAAUGUUGGUUCAUUCUUCUUUGUCUAUGGUUAUAGCGGAACAGGGAAGACAUUUCUGUGGAAUGCUUUGGCCUCUACUCUUCGAGCUAGAGGCGAUAUUGUUAUUAUUGUUUCCUCUAGUGGCAUCGCUGCCACAUUAUUACCAUUUGGAAGGACAGUACAUUCCAGGUUUGCGAUCCCUAUACAAGUUAAUGAAGACUCUAUUUGCAAUAUCACACAAAAUUCUGCCUUAGCUAAUUUGAUUGUACCGACAAAGUUAAUUAUAUGGGAUGAGGCUCCCAUGGUGCAACGUUAUUGCAUCGAAGCAUUUGAUCGUACAUUGAGAGAUAUUAUGCAUGCUAAUUUCCCAUUCGGUGGGAAGUCAAUUGUGAUGGGUGGUGACUUCUGUCAAAUACUCCCUGUCAUACCUAAAGGUUCCAAAGCUGACAUAGUAAAUGCAUGCGUGACUUCUUCAUAUCUUUGGGACUAUUGCACCAUUUUUACGUUGACGAAAAACAUGCGCUUAUCAUUUGUUUCUUCCAUCGAAGAACAAAAGGACCUAUAA